UUCAUCUUGAAACGUGCUUGAUGCUCUCAUGCUGGCUCCCGGUGCUUGGCUUGAUAGGCUACGCUGCUGAUCCCGAGAUCUUCGAAUGAAUGGCAACCCAACGGUCUCCGUAAUGGUGCCCGAGGUCUUGAGUCAGCUCUAUAAAGCUCUGAGCUAGGGUGCCCGUCAAUAUACAGAAAUCCGUUCGAGAUGACCAGCACGGUGACUCCCUUCGAAUGUCGUCUCGUAACCUACGAGACUUCCAUGUCUUUCGACGAGGUGAUCACUCGCCUCAACGAUGCAAUCAACAGGGAGGGAUCCCCCUCUAUCUUGAGUAACGUCUGGCGGGCUACAAACAAGGACACGAUAGACGACCUGCUACCUUCAAAUGGAUUCAUCUUCUUCAACGAGUUUCCCCACCACAAAUGGUUGAACCCGUACCAUGGCGUUUCAAACACUCCGAGGACGAGUGUCUACGUUAUAGGUAACCCUCGUUUUGCAGACUCCAUGCUCAAACACGACCUACGCGCUGCCUUGCAUAUUCCACCGCGUCUCCUUGUCCUCGAGAAAGCAGACCGAUCCGGCACUUCUGUACAGUACCAUCUGCCAUCCUCGGACAUCGCCCUCCCAGGAAGCAGCGCGGCAUUGAGGGAAGGUGCUGAGAUGCUAGAUGCGAAGUUUGAGGCGCUGGUGAAGCGCAUCACACACGAGUAGGCAGUCUUCAAGCAGGAGAUGGCGGGAGGUUGUGUGCAGAACUCUAUUCAGAACGUAGGCUAGCGGUACAAUGCGAGACAGAA